AUGUCUCUCCCCGCCGGGAAACAACCUCGAACGGACGAUUCUGACCUAUCAUCCUCCACCAAGCGCCAAAGACCCGAGCAACGGCAAUACCAAGACAGCAGUAGCGAUCAUUGCGAACAACGGGAAGUUGGUAUAGAACAGGCUCAAUCGAUCCUAGCCAACGAGCCGUACCGCUUCGUACACAAGAGAUCUAUCAUCACGCGAAAGGACGUCAAAGCAUUCUUGAGGAGUCUACCCGACAAGGGACCGGAAAGAAGGACGCUGAGGAAUAUGGGUUUAGAUCCAAAGGGGUGGCACGACCACCCACCUAAGACUCAUCAAUGA